AUGGUAGAGUUUGCCAUUAACAACUCGGUGCAUGCGUCCACGACACAUACACCGUUUUACGUGAAUGGCUUGCGCCAUCCGCGUGUACCCACCUUACUAGAGUGUAACUCUGGUUUAAGGGGGGGAGGGACUCGCGCGAGCAAAAACCGAUUUGUUUCACGCUCAUCACGCUCUGACGAAGAGGUCAAUGCGUUUGAUGCCGAUAUAGAUAACAUUGAUAUCGAAGAAGAUGAUGCCAGUGAGAGUGCGGAAGCCGUCACUGAAGAAAAUGUUGAUGUUGCUGCAGUGCGCUCACAGCGCACUGAAGCUAACGAGUCAGCAGAUGAUUUCACACCGGCUCGUUGA